GCCAUUUCAUGAAUCCGUCUCAUCGCUUUGGUUUGGGCUGCGUUUCGAUGUAACCGCCCGAACGGGGACUACGCAAUGCAGGUAGUUAAGCGUGUCAGGCAGCUGCAGGAGUCGAAGAAGCCUCGAAUCCAACCCCAUCAUCGCUUCUUUGAAUCAUCGGUGUCAAUGCCCUCCUCCGCCCUCACCUUCCAGCUUCACAAGACCUCUGCAUCUGCAUCCUCCCACUUGGGUUGCGUAGCUGCUGCACAGACCAUCUUCUGAAGUGGGUGUUUUCCUAAAAAAUUUACGGACUUGGCUUCCAGCACAGUUUCGGGCUUCUGACAGAUUAUUCUGGUCAGAAGAUUAGGUUUUUCAAGCUUGCUACUGUAGAUAACUCGACAAAGUUAAACUUCAUGUUUGUGAUGAAGUGACGUGGAGUUCCUCUGAUAAUUACUUGAGGGCGUUUGCGACCGUAAUUCCUGCAUUGAUGCAAAGCUUGCAACAGGCAGAAAGGAUGCCGGGGGUAACAUAUUGUGCAAAGAAAUAGUAGCAUUCUGUCAUCGAUUGGAUUCCCGAACCUCUCAUUAUCGUAUCGAGGAAGCAAGUUUGUUUGAGGGCAUCACAAGUGAAGAUGAUAUGGGAGAUGAAAGGUGCAACUUCUAUGCUUGCAGUUUUGCCCACCCUACUGUUGGGUGCUUCUCAGCAUCAAGUCUGCCAUAGAGCAGUGGUCCUCCCGAGAAGCGAGUUUUUCUUCGAUGCAGAAUUGUUCAGGUCCUGGUGUUACAGACGUACACAGCGUCGUAGUAGAUCAGACUCUAAAAAUGACAGGAAAGAGCAAAAACGCAAAGACUGAAUGCGUCUAUGAAGAAAUAGGGAAAUCACUUGACAAUGAUUGCGAAUUUUUGCCGCAUUACGAGGUGCACACAAAUAAGAAGAAACAGAAUGGUCGCCCACAGGAGUCUCCCCCUUCCGUGUUGCCACCCUCUGGCAGUCACCCAUUUUGGCCCAGCUCUGGUGAAGGCUCCUCCAUGUCCAGUGUAGACAAUUACGAUCAUCCAGCCUCUGUCAACCUCCAUCAAAGAUUUUCAGAAUUUCAAGUAGCGUUGCGCGCCUCAGAAAGGGCAAGAGAGGAAGGGCAAAGGGAGACCGAUUCAUUGCGAGUUUAUGUGGGCAGUGUAGAAGCUGCUGCAUCCGGCCUCCUUUCGCGUGUUCAGGAACUUGAGCAUUUGCUGGCUUUGUCUUCAGUUGUUAAGCAAGGUCUCGACCUUGAUCAACUAAGGGGUAAGGUGGCCACAGCUGCGACUCAUGAGGUUCGAAAGCACGCAGCUGCCGCUGCUGAAGCUGUUGCAGCAGCCCGUGAAGCAACCAUGGAGCUUGACAAGGUGCGACGUGAGACACACGCCCUCACGAAGGCGCAACAGCAAGAGAUUGAGAGGAUAAAUGUGGAGGCCACUGAAGCCCGCAUACUUCACGAGGCAAGGGCAUUGCAGAACCAGGAUUUACUGGAUCAGAAUGGGAAGCUGGAAAGGCGAUGGGAGGACAUGAAUGCCAGGCUUGAGGAGCUGCAAGCAACCCAUAAGGCUGAGCAUUCAGCUUUGCAGAAGAAGUACGAAACGCUCAAGUCUACAGCUUGUGAGUACCGCACACACAACUCGGAGCUGAAGAAGGCCCUGGAGAAGAGACGAAUAACUGCUCAUUCCUUACAGAAGAAUUACGAUGAUCUGCGAACCGAUCACAAGGAAUUGAUUCUCCAAAAUGAGAUCUUAGAGCAACAGGUGAAGAACCUGCAGGGUCAAGAAAUGUCAUCGACCAUUGCACACUAUGAUCAUGAACUGCGCAAGGUUCGAGCCUCUCUUGGAGGGGAGAAGGCUCAGCUUCUGGUGGAAUUGGCUUCAUUGCGGCGUAGCAACCACAAUUUGCGGGCUGAAGUGGAGGAUUGGCAGGAUAAAUUCAGGACAUUAAGUCAUCAUUACGCAGGUUUAGAAGAUCUUGUCUGUCAUACAGAGAAUUCCUCCAACCGACGCUCCUUGAAGCCAUGUCACAACAUCCAGCCUACACGUCCUCAAUCCCACUCGUCAAGGGGCUCGUCAAGGAACUCCGUUGUUAAAGGAGGAUGCGAAUUGCCAAAUAACCGAGAGAUACCUGUUGAUGAGGGUCGUCUUGGUAGCGGCGUUUCCUCAACUGCAUCUGUAGCUGGUCCUUCGUCCAAGAGCUCAGGUACAUCACCUGCAAGAGAAAAUAAAGCAGGAGAGACAUGCUCACGAGGCUCCAUCGGGACGGUUGAAAUGAAUAUGACCAAUUCCAAGCAAUCAAUGUAUACUUCGAAUGGGACCUCUGGAGAAGAUGGUGUAUCUGUACAUACUAGCUACGGGGCCUCCCCUAAGUCGGAAAAGUUCAAAAAUGCACGAUUAUCUAAAAGCCCUGACACUUCGGAAAGUGAAGUAGCUGUGAGCUCACCACCAAAAGAAGAAAACUCGUUUGGUGCUACCAGAAACGCAAAUUUGAGGAAGUUUCAUGUGAGAAUGGGGUGGGAGGAAAUGGCGUCUCAAUGCCGGAUUCAUGUCAGUGAAGAAUUUCGUGCGGGGAGUGGAGGGGAGCAGGGCACUACAGCUUUGCGACCGACAAUUAAUGAACCCGUUGGAGUUUUCGGCCCAGUCAUGAUGUUCCUCGCCUGCUCACUCGCCCUCAGGACUCCUCCGAAAAUGUAUUGAGGGACAUGCUGAUGGAGCAUAAAACAUGAAAAUCAUGACACUCCAAGGAUGAGAGGCAAGGAAGUCUUCUUCCCCUAAAAUACAAAAGAAUGUUUUGAGCUGCUUUGAGGUGAUGUACAGUUGUGUGGGUUGUCAUGGUUCUCUUUGAAACAACCAUGCACAGCAAGCUGGGAUCUCCGAGGUUCAUUCGAUGACCAAAAUCAUCUCGCAGUACGAUUAGGUGUGUUUAGAAAGCUACAGAGGUAAGCAUCAUGGCUUCAUAAUACAAAAACCUGUGUUAUUCUUCGGGAGAGAAAUGAGGAUUCAGUAUUGAAAAGAACCUGAGAAAAUGCUAUGUUGAUCAACAGACUAAGUAGUUUGGCCCAGCUGCAACUGAAUUUCAGCAUUGUCACAAAAGAAAAUUAGCUAGCCGAUAUCAAUGACCACCUCAUAGAAGAGGUUAAAUGGUAAAAUUUAUUAGGUUCUGCACCUCGAUGUUAGGCCUCCCAGACUUCCCUCCUCCCGUAGCUUUCGAGCAUAAGGUAGCACAUUAAACCUUUCUCUUUUUCACAUUCUUGCAAUCAGAAAAUAUAAAUGUAAGUAAAUAGUCCGAAUACAACACUGAAAAAGUCACCAGCAGGCCCGUGAAGGAAUAUGUAACUUGCUGCUAUCAGCAGCUCAAUCUUCAAUACUAGUCGCUUCUUCUGUAUUUUGAAAACUGCCUCUGACUCUGCUUCAACUUCAACAUGAACACACCUGCCUUCAUGUUGUCUCCUAACUACCUCCGCAUUCAAAGAA